GUUUGAAACCUGUAGUGAGUCAACUGAGAGACUGGGCCUGGUGGACACCGCAGCCAUAUUACUGCUUUUAUCAACUAUCCAGAUCCUCUGAAAGCAGCUACUUAACCCUCUGCAUGGUCACAGAGCUGCAGCCAAACAGAGAAGCAUGAGAAACUGGAGCGCAAAAUUCAAGAGGCAAGAACAUGGAGGUGAAGACGGGUCUUCUUCUCACACCAAGACCCCCGCCAGUCCAGCAGAGCCUGUGUGGGUCACUCACACACCUCAGCCUAACAGUGUAACGGACGACAGUGAUGAAGACAGCAUGUCCAUGAGCCACACAUCCAGCUCUCCGUAUAAUGCCGAAAACAGCAAAAGGAGCAUGAACUUCAAACUUAGAUCCCUCAUUCCUAAAUCGCUGGGUGGGAUCAUAAAUAAGCGUGCAGGAGAGAGUGACUCUGAAACUCCCAGAACUGGAAUCCAGAUUCUUCCCAAUGGGACCAGGGUGAGCCCCCCGGUGAGUCCCUUCCUGGAGCGCAGGAACUGGGAUGAGUCGUCAGGGAACUCCACCGAAGACUCAAAGAAGUCUUUGCUCAGACAAACCACCCCAGAGUGUUUCUGUCAGAGCCCACAGGAAGAGUCUCUGCUGACCAGCAUCCACCCUGCAGAGUACUACGCUGCCAAGGUGGAGGUCUAUCAGCGGAAGUACUCCUAUUUGAAAUCAUGGCCGGGUUUGCUCAGGCUGCUGGCUGGGCUCCAGCUCCUGUUUGGCGGCGUGGUGUCUGCAUGUGUCGUUGCCUACAUACACAAGGACAGUGAGUGGCUCAACACCUAUGGGCUCUACAGUGGAAUAAACAACAAUAGGCUCGGACUGUCUGGGUACAGCUACACAGGGCCUAUGACUGGCUUUGUUAUAUCUGUAGCUGGGAUCUCCUGGAUGAUUACUCUGAGUUUGCUAGUGACAGGAAUGACCAUGUAUUAUCGAACCAUCCUCCUGGACUCCUCCUGGUGGCCCCUGACUGAGGCCUUCAUCAACCUGGCCCUGUUCCUGCUUUACCUGGCCGCAGGGAUCGUAUACAUCAAUGACUUGAAUCGAGGGGGGCUGUGCCACAUGACGAUCGGGGUUAACCACAUCAUGGCCAAUCUGUGUCGAGUUGAUGGAGGCCAGAUGGCGGGAACGGCGUUCCUCUUCAUCAAUAUGAUCAUGUACCUGGGAAGCUUCCUGGUUUGUCUGAAGAUGUGGAGGCAUGAGGCUGUUCGGAAGUUCAGGCACAACGCUGACAAAAAGGGUGAGUUUAACCAGACCAUUUCCCUAAACACACAGAGAACAAAACAGAUGUCGUUUAGGGAUGAGCCUGAUAAACCUUUGCAUAAAGACGGUGACUUCCAACCUGAACUGCCCCCUAAUGUCUGCAAAUCAAGUGUCAGCCCAAACAGAGCCACUGUGUCCAAUCAUACACCCAAAAUACAUGUCGUCGCAGAUUACAUAAUUAAGUAUCCAGAGAUCAGAUCUGAAGAGGAACGGGAAAAAUACAAAGCUGUUUUCAAUGACCAGUACCUGGAGUACAAGGACCUUCAUGGAGGCAUCAUUACCACCCUCAAUAAGUUCAGAGAGCUGGAUACUGUGGUGAAUCAACUUCCCAGAAAGGGGAAGAGCUUGGAGGAUCAACAGAGGAUUCAAAAUAUUUUAAAAACAUAUCAAGACAAAAAAAACGAUCCUGCUUUUCUGGAGAAGAAGGAACGCUGUGACUACCUAAAAGCUAAAUUACGACACAUUAAAAACAGAAUCCUAGUUUAUGACCAGGAGACUGCAGUCAUAAUAAGUGAGUACAUGUUGGAGCAGGAGCCUCAGAGAGCCUCAGAGAGCCUCAGAGAUCCGGUGGGCUGGGGUUGUGCCGUGGCCCUGCUCAGACACACAGAGGCUCCUGGGAGGAGACCUGCCACAGUCCGGCCCCACAGGUGUCUGUUUACGGGGCCGAUGCGAGUUGAAGGCGUGUUUCCAGUUCACGGCCGUCAGACCGGAUACCGAUUAGACCCGGAGCGCCGCGACUCAACCUAUGACCCAGCUGGGAAUAUUCCCAGAAAUAUGUAUGAGCCUCGGUACUAUGACAGCCCCCCUGUGUACAGUCCUCCGUACAGCACCACCUCCCACAGUCUCUACCCCCCAAGAAGCGUCCAUUCCCGUCAGAACCAGUAUGUCUCCUACACCCACCAGCCUCCUCCUGAUUCCUACUACAUGGAGGGGCAGCCGCAGCACUUCUACAGGUGGUUCUCUCCUCCGGGUUUUGUUAAAACCUUCCAAGGAACCACAGCCCUCAUGUGCUUCCUUAUCUUUGCCUGCGUGGCUUCAACUCUGGUGUGGGACAUGAAUGGGUUUGGGUACGGGGGAUACGGUGUUGGGGACACAGUCUCUGUGGGCGGAGCUGGCUCAGGUUAUUAUGGAGGCAGCUACGGCUACGGUGGCUCCUAUAUGACGCCGCAGGCGGCUAAGGCAGCGAUGAUUUCCAUGGCAGCAAUCAACUUCCUGGUUUCACUGAGUUUCCUGGUGGGAAGUUUCUCCAGGUCCCGGAUGAUGCGAGGGUGCAGGUUCUACCUCACCAUUUUCAUCUGUGACAUCAUCCUGGCUGUUCUUCAGGGUAUCAUCGAUAUCAUCUUUGUGAUCGGGGUGAACCCCAUGUCUCAGAGCUCACAGAGCAUGCUGUAUAACCCCAUGCUGAGGAUGUGUCAGAACAUCCAGGGGACCCCGAGUCUGAGCGGCAGUGUGGGGGCCGGUUUCCCUGGAGGCUUUCCCCUGUACAAUCAAUACCUUUACCACUACUGCUUCAUGGACCCUGAGGAGGCAGUGGGGUUUGUUCUAGGCCUGCUGGUGGUUGUAGCGCUGUCUAUUUCUGCUUACUACGCCUACAAGACCCGCAGCAAGAUUUGGCGCCAUGGAAAAUCAAACAUCUUGUGGGAUGAGCCGAUGGUCAGGCUGUCAGACGGGCAUGAUGUUCUGGACUGGGUGAACGAUGUCGGGGAGGCACGCAGCACCCAGCAGGCGCCCACCGUCGUGAUGUCAGAGCGCGCGGCGCCCAACCUGAAGGCAGAGAACAACUUCGGCUACAGUGAAGGGCACAAGGAAGCUGAUGCUUGUCUAAUCUCCAGUUCCUGCACAGAGAACAGCGCCAAGCGCGACACUGAGCCUGUUUACCAAAACAUCAGAGCUGCAGUCAGUUCCAGCAGCUCCGACGACAGCGUGAGGAAGCCUCCUCUUCAUCACACCAACAAGAGGGAGCCUCCUCUUCAUCACACCAACAAGAGGGAGCCUCCUCUUCAUCACACCAACAAGCGGUUGCAGAAACAGCUCACAGGAUCCACGCCUGCAGCUCAGCAGGCGGCUGAGUCCCAGUACGAAACUGGUUACACCUCUGGGGACACUGGUAAUGAGCUGGACUGGGACCAGAGAGAUUACCUGUACAGGCUGUACCCAGCCAUCACCACAGACGAGCAGCGCCGCCAGUACAAGAGAGAGUUUGACUCGCAUCUGGCCCACUACAAGACGCUCUGCUCUGAGAUGGACCACAUCAGUGACCAGGUGCACAAACUGAGCCGAGAGCUGGACACGCUGGACGAAGGCUCUGGGAGGCACCAGGCUAUAGCAGAUGAAUACAACCGGCUGAAAGACCUGAAAAAGACGGAAGACUAUCAGGCUAAGAAGAGACAGAGCAAAGAACUUCGAAGAAAACUUUUCCACAUCAAACAUCUGGUGAAAAUCUACGAUCAAGGCUUCUGUUAAAGAACCUCCUGAUAACUCAUCGGCCCUUUGGAGUCAGUAUUAAGUUGUUGCCUGGAAAUAUAUAUGUGCUGCACGUGAAGUCGACAUGUUCUCUAGCUUAUCUGCAAAAAGUUCCAGGAUGUUUUCUGAGACUGAUCUGUUGCUUGGUUAUUUUAGGUUUCUUCCAGCCAUCCAUUAUCUGUCCACCCUUCUCCCCAACGUUUUGGGAGAGAGGCGGGGUCACCCUGGACAGGUCGCCUGUCUGUCGCAGGGCAACACAAGAGACAAACAGGACAAACAACCAUACACACACACACACACACACCUAGGGAGAAUGUAGAGAAACCAAUUAACCCAACAGUCAUGUUUUUUGGACUGUGGGAGGAAGCCAGAGUACCUGGAGAGAACCCAGCAUGCACAAGGAGAACAUGCGAACUCCAUGCAGAAAGAUCCCGGACCGGGAAUCAAACCCGGGACCUUCUUGCUGCAACAGUGCUACCAACUUCACCACUGUGCAGCCCUGUGACUUACCAUA